AUGGAUUCGUGUUGYCCAAAGAAAUGUUCACCAUCGCCAUGUCAGAUGAACAAUAGCAUUCAACGAGUAUCUCCGCCUAUGGAACUAGGAGAAGCCCCACACUGGAAUCCGUUGACUCAAAGCUUAUAUUUCGUAGACGUACACAGGAAGAGAAUUAACAAAUACCAUCCAGAAACCAGMUGUUAUACUACCGCUAYGAUAGAUUGCUGCGAUCCUUUGACUUUCAUCAUUCCAGUCCACAACCAACCUAACACUUUCUUGGUUGGCCUGGGGCCUGCUAUUGGUGUAAUAAGAUGGGAUGGAUGUUCAAAUAGAGCCGAGUAUAGAUAUUUAAAAACGAUUGACAAGACUCCAGGCAACCGUCUAAACGAUGCAAAAGCUGACACCUCCGGUCGCCUUUGGGUAGGAUCUAUGGGACCAGAAAUGAACGACAAUCCAGGUUAUUACCAUAAAUGUCGAGGUUCGCUGUUCACGAUUGAAUUUAACGGAACUGUCACAAAAAGAUUGUCAAAUAUCAGUAUAUCUAAUGGUAUGGCGUGGAGUCUGGAUAACAAACUAUUCUACUACAUAGACACUUAUAAGUAUGCGGUCGAAGCUUAUGAUUUUGAUCUUUUAUCGGGAAAUAUUUGCAAUGGAAGGGUGAUUUUUGAUUUUAAGUGCAAAAAUAUAACUGGUGAUCCGGAUGGUAUGACAAUCGACACAAAUGGUAACCUGUGGGUGGCUUGUUUCAAUAGUGAUCACAUUUUAAAAAUUAAUCCCAACACCAGCACACUGAUGACGACCAUCCAAUUUCCUGCCUACCAGAUAACAUCUGUUGCUUUUGGUGGCCCAAAUCUGGAUCAGCUGUAUGUGACCACAGCCAGUUACAAUACAAGCGAUGUGCAAAAAUCAAAAUUACCGUAUUCCGGAACUCUAUUUCGAGUCAUCGAUACAUGCGCAACUGGUUUUAACGGCGUACCUGUCAAAAUUAAUUUGAGUUCGUUAAAUUAA